AGAUUUAAUCAUGUAACUUUCAGUGGUCUGUCAAAGGUAAUAAGUAGACAAUACUAAAUUCAAAAACUUUUUAAUAAAAACAAAAAAAAUACAAAAUGUUUCAUUCUUUAUCCGUACUGCUUUUCAAUACUUCCGAAAUCGAGGCGAAUCUCUUCGGCAUGGCCGACGAUGUGUACAAUACGAUUGAGAUCUUCAAGGAGGCAGCCAGAUUCGAGGACCUGAUCGUUAGGCCCUAUAAAAUGAUUUCAAACCUUAUAGACUGUUUGGUUUUCAUGACGGUGGCUCUAAUAGCAGUUGGUUUCAUAAUGUACGAUCGUAUAGUGGUGUUCGCAAUACACGCUGGGAUAUUCAAACUUAGCACCCAAAAGGUUGCGGUGAAUACGAAGAGUAUUCAGUAUCCAAGGAAAGCUACCAAUACUCUCCCUUUGGAAAAUGAUAAUGAAAAUUCCGUUGAACCAGCAGAUGAAGACGACAACAGCGUAGAAGUUCAACCAAAUCAUAGACUCGAAAUGGUCGGAACUCCUAAAUGGGCCUUUUCAUGGCUGUCCGGCAUGAAAAUAAAAGCCAUUGGAUCGGUUUACGAUUACUGGAUCCGGUAGCUUAAAAAACCACGUCGGCCUUGUAUAUAAGUCCGGUAAUUUUCCUGGCCAUAUUGCAUACGGAUCUUCGAGAUUUUGCGGUUAACAAUUUGAAUUGGUUAUUGAGCUGAUUCAAGUACCACAAAUUGCCUCAUUAUAUAAAGCCUAUUUCGAUGUGAACAUAUAUUUAGUACGUGGUCAUGACUCAUAAUAAUGUAAUAAAAAACAAUCCACACAACAUUUCAAAUUUCAACUUUACUAAUAUAAGUCUGUAGUCCAAAACAGAUUUUCAGGCAUAUUAAAAUAUAAACCAGAA